AUGAUCGAUUCGUCAGCAGAUAUACCUUCGAUACUGAAACUUCAGUAUCUGUUGUCAUCAUUGAAGAGUGAGGCGGCGCUGCUGUUCGAGCAUACCACAUUGACCGCGGACAACUAUGCGACCACCUGGGCCGCGCUGCUGAAACGGUAUGAUAACCCGCGCAUGUUAGUCCGUGAUUAUUAUCGAACAUUGCAUCACCUUCCCGCGAUGCAUGAAGGAUCUGUGGAUGAAUUGGCGCAGCUUGUGGACGAGUUCACGCGGCACGUGAACGGUUUAAGAAAGCUGAAGGAACCGGUUGACAACUGGGACACUCCCCUCACCACAUUGCUGUUCUUCAAAUUGGAUUCAUCAACCAUCCUAGCUUGGGAAAAGCAUUCAUCGGCCAGCCCCAAGGAUAAGUAUUCAGAUCUAAUCGAUUUCCUGCAGGAUAGAAUCCGAAUCCUUCGUUCGUCCCAAACGUUAGCGAAGAUAUCUGAAUCGAAACAAACGCCGGUGGUACGGUCGUGCAAUUCCGUCUUCCGUUGCAACAAGUGCAACGCACGUCAUCACAGCAUGUUGCACGACGAUUCACCGCCACAGGUAACCAUGAACGUAGGUUCGAGCAAUGAAAUUGUGGUUCUCGAAACGGUGGUUCUCUGGUUAGUCGAUGACCAUGGCAUUCGGCAUGAAGCACGAGCGUUGUUGGAUUCAGGAUCCAUGUGCAAUAUCGUGUCCGAAUCCCUAGCGCGGAAGCUGCUGACACGUCGUACAAAGAUCAACGUUGCAUUGACAGGUAUCGGUGAGGGUGUUCAGCAAGCCAAGGGUUCGAUCAUCGCAACGGUGCAGUCAAAGUCAGCGCCAUUUUCGUCGCCACUUGAGUUCCUGAUAGUGAACUCCCCUUGUGCUGAGAUACCGACUGCCCCAAUCGAUGUUGCUGGUUGGAAAUUCCCUGACGUUCCGUUGGCUGAUCCUGCCUUUAACCUUCCUUCAAGAGUUGAUGUGAUCAUUGGGAGUGACGCAUAUUGGGAAUGGCAUACCGGAAAGAAGCAGUUACUGGUCAAAGGCGGUCCUUGGAGCCAUGAGUCUCUCGAUACAUUGCUGCAACGGUUUUGGGAGAACGAGACCAAUCUAGAGGGACCCGCUCUCUCGCUUGAGGAAGAUGCUUGUGAGAAGCAUUAUGCUGCCACUACAACGCGUGAUCACCAUGGUCGUUACAUCGUUUGUCUGCCUCGUAAUCCCAGAGCAGAUAUAGUAUUGGGUUCAUCAAAGGAGAUUGCGGAUCGACGACUGAUGGCUGUGGAGCGGCGAUUGAAGAUCAACCCUGAAAUGGAGAUGGAAUAUAAGCGUUUCAUGCAAGAGUACGAGGAACUUGGUCACAUGCGAAAACUUACCGAACCAGUGGAUGAUAGUGUUCCGCAUUGUUAUAUUCCUCACCAUGCGGUGGUGAAGGAAUCGAGUACAUCCACAAAGGUACGGGUCGUGUUUGACGCGUCCUGUAAAACGAGCUCGGGAUACUCCUUAAACGAUACGUUACUAGUUGGCCCAAUUGUCCAGGAAGAUCUACUAACGAUUAUAUUGCGAUUCAGGUCCUACGCAAUCGCAUUAGUGGCCGAUGUGGAAAAAAUGUACCGGCAAAUUCUCCACAACAUCAUCGAUCGGAAUCUGCUACGUAUCAGGUACCGAAAGAGCCCCCUGGAUCCGAUAUCGACCUACGAGCUGAAUACCGUUACUUACGGCACGGCGUCAGCUCCAUUCCUCGCCACUAGAACGCUCCAGCAGGUUGCGCAUGACCACAAAGAUCAAUUCCCGAAGGCAGUUGAUCCCGUGUUACGUGAUUUUUACGUCGACGAUCUACUAACAGGAGCGACUGACCUUAACGAAGCAGUAGAAGUGCGAAAGCAAAUCACCGCAAUGCUCGAUUCAGCUGGUUUCGCAUUGAAAAAGUGGGCAUCUAACGUUCCAGAAUCGCUUCUAGAUGUCCCACGUGAAGAUCUUGCGAUUCAAUCAAUGCACGAGUGGAAGGAUGGUCAAGCUGUUUCGACGCUGGGGCUGGUUUGGGAACCCGCCAACGAUUCGUUUUCCUUCAAGAUACAGGAAGAAACGCGGAUAGCUGAGUGGCGUCACGUUCCUGGUUGUGAUAAUCCAGCAGACGACAUAUCACGGGGUCUGAAGCCGGAGGAGCUGCGUAAUUGUGAACGUUGGUGGCAUGGGCCUCGUUGGUUGGCUUACAGCCAUGAUGCAUGGCCAAAUCAUCCACCAGCAGUGAAGGAGAAUGACGGUGUCAUCGAAGAACGGGCGACGGCGUCACGGAUUGUCACAGUUUCUACGAGGUGUGAGUUCCGUGACAAACUGUUCGAGCGAUACUCAUCAUACUACAGGCUGAGACGAGUUGUAGCUUAUUGUUUACGCUUCAUGGAGUGCAUCAAGGGAGCCAACAAAUCAUCGAGAGUAAGCUGCAAGGAUGCGCCACACAUCGAGGAGAAGAGUGUUCCACCGCUUACAGCCACGGAACUACGUCGGGCCGAACUGAAGUUAUGCCAGUUAGCCCAAAGGGAUUCGUUCGCGGAGGAGCUAAAGGUUUUAGCUCAAGAGAAGCAUGUUUCCGACAAAUCGAAGCUGAAGUGGUUGUCACCAUACGGUCAUAUAGUGUAA